AUGUCUAGCAGGUCCUCAUUCACCUUCACUAUGAGGGGAAUCAUAUUAGCCCUUGUGUUCUCCCUUGUGGGUAGCCAGAAGUUUGACAUCGACCCAGGAUUUAGUAGCAGAAAGACUUACGUGUACAGCUAUGAAGGCUUUAUGUUGAAUGGGCUUCAAGAAAGAAGUUUAGCCAGAGCUGGCUUGCGCUUGAGCAGCAAACUAGAGAUCAGUGGGCUAUCAGAGAAUACCUACCUCCUCAAGAUCCGCUCUCCGCUGCUGGAAGAAUACAAUGGAAUCUGGCCGAAGGAUCCAUUCACUCGAUCUUCCAAAAUCACCCAGACGGUGUCUUCAUGUUUUACCCGACCCUUCAAAUUUGAAUACAAUAGUGGACGGGUUGGAAACAUUUAUGCCCCAGAAGAUUGCUCUGAUAUGUGUAUUAACCUAGUGAGGGGGAUGCUGAACAUGAUGCAGAUAACCAUUAAAAAAUCACAGAAUGUGUACGAAUUGCAAGAGGCUGGAAUUGGAGGUGUUUGCCAUACAAGGUAUGUUAUCCAGGAAGACAGGAAGAAUAGCCGAGUGUCUGUUACCAAAACCAUAGACCAAAACAGUUGCCAGGAAAAUGUGAUGACGAGUAUUGGAAUGGCUUACAUCCGUCCUUGCCCUGUGGACAUGAUGAAAGGAAGGCCCAUAAAGGGGACUGCAGCUUUCUCCUACAAACUAAAACACUCAGACAGUGGUACCCUCAUAACAGAAGUUGCAUCGCAGCAGGUGUAUCAGAUCUCACCAUUCAGUGAACCUACUGGUGUUGCUGUCAUGGAAGCAAGACAACAGCUUAUCUUGCUUGAAGUGAGAAGUGAACGAGGAAGCCCUCCAAAUAUUCCUAUGCAGAGCCAUGGAAGCCUUCGUUACCAUUUCCCAUCAGUAUUGCCACAGAUGCCGCUUCAGCUAAUCAAGACAAAAAACCCCGAGCAACGGAUAGCAGAAACACUGCAACACAUAGUCCUGAAUAACCAACAAGAUUUCCAUGAUGAUGUCCCAUACAAAUUCUUAGAGCUUGUCCAGCUCUGCCGGAUAGUGAGCACUAAUACUCUUGAGUCUAUCUGGAAACAAUUUUCAGAUAAGCAUCGUUACAGGCGAUGGCUGCUGAGUGCAAUUUGUGCAACAGGCACAACAGAAGCACUCCAAUUCAUCAAGAACAGAAUUCGCAGUGAUGAACUGAACUAUAUUCAGACUCUUCUGACUGUUUCUUUUGCUCUCCAUUUAAUGAAAGCUGAUGAAGACACUGUUCCAAUAGCAGCAGAUUUAGUGACGAGUCCUCGAAUUCAGAAAAGUCCCAUGCUUCAGCAGGUUGCCUGCUUGGGAUACAGUUCUGUCAUUAAUAGAUACUGUUCUCAGACCUCAGCUUGUCCUAAAGAAGCUCUUCAGCCCCUCCACGACCUGGCAGAUGAAGCAAUCAGCAGGGGCCGUGAAGACAAAAUGAAGUUAGCUCUGAAGUGCAUUGGUAAUGUGGGAGAACCAGCCAGCAUAAAGCGCAUCCUGAAGUUCCUUCCCAUAUUUUCGUCGAGUGCUUCUGAUAUCCCAGUCCAUAUUCAGAUUGAUGCCAUAAUGGCCUUGAGAAAAAUAGCUUGGAAGGACCCCAAAACAGUGCAGGGAUAUCUCAUCCAGAUCCUUGCAGACCAGUCACUUCCCCCUGAAGUACGAAUGAUGGCUUGUGCUGUUAUCUUUGAGACGAGGCCUGCCCUUCCUUUAAUAACAACCGUAGCUAAUGUGGCAAUGAAGGACAGCAAUUUGCAAGUGGCCAGUUUUGUAUAUUCCCACAUGAAGGCUUUGUCAAAGAGUAGAGUACCAUAUAUGUACAACAUAUCUUCUGCUUGCAAUAUUGCCCUUAAGCUGCUGGCCCCCAAAUUGGACAGACUAAGCUAUCGAUAUAGCAAGGUUGUUCGUGUUGGUGGUUACUUUGAUAACUACAAAGUUGGUAUUGCUGGAGAUAUCUUUGUUAUGAACAGCCCAGGAACGAUGUUCCCAUCAGCAAUAAUUUCCAAGUUGAUGGCAAACUAUGCAGGUUCAGUGGCUGAUUUGUUGGAGGUUGGUGUUCGAGUGGAAGGCCUCACAGAUGCCAUAAUGAAACGAAAUAUCCCAUUCGCUGAAUAUCCCACAUACAAAAAGAUAAAGGAGCUUGGAAAAACUCUGCUAGGAUGGAAAGAGCUGCCGACAGAAACCCCCUUAAUAUCAGCCUACUUGAAAAUAUUUGGCCAAGAGCUGGCCUAUGUCAACAUCAACAAGGAAGUCCUGCAACAGGCUGUGAAGGCUAUAGCAGAACCUACUGAUAGAAACAUAGUGAUGAAAAGAAUCACCGCUCAAAUACGCAAUGGCGUUGCAGGACAGUGGACCCAGCCAGUAUGGCUUGGAGAACUUCGAUAUAUUGUCCCUAGCUGCAUUGGUCUGCCGCUGGAAUAUGGAUCAUACACUACUGCUCUGGCACGUGCUGCAGUGAAUGUUGAUGGAAAGAUGACCCCUCCUUUAACUGGAGACUUUAGACCUUCCCAGUUGCUUGAAUCCACCAUGCAGAUUCGGUCUGACUUAAAUCCAAGCUUAUAUAUGCAUACAGUGGCAACAAUGGGUGUCAAUACAGAAUACUUUCAACAUGCUGUUGAAAUUCAAGGCAAGGUCCAGAUGAGAGUUCCAAUGAAGUUUGAUGCCAAGAUAGACAUGAAAUCAAAAAAUGUUAAGAUUGAAACAACUCCAUGCCGUGAGGAAACUGAGAUAGUGGUCGGAAGACAUAAGGCUUUUGCUGUAUCAAGAAAUAUAGGAGAACUGGGUGUGGAAAAGAGGACCUCAAUUCUCCCAGCAGAUGCUUCAUCAAAUAUUGUGGAAGAACCUUUCAAACCAUCAGAGAGAACUUCCAGGGAAGGUGUCACAAUGCAAGGGGCUGACAGCAUGCCAAGGAAACAUUCCGAUAGCUCUCAAGAGGAUCAUUACCAUGGCACAGGAAGAAAAACACAUAAACGGGACAUUUGCAUCAAAUUGCAUCGUCUUGGUUGUCAGCUCUGCUUUUAUAGAACGUCACGAGAUGCCAGUUUCAUAAAAAAUACGUACUUGCACAGAUUAAUUGGAGAACAUGAAGCCAAAAUAGUUUUGAUGCCAGUUCAAACAGAUGCUGAUAUUGACAAAAUACAGCUGGAGAUUCAGGCAGGAUCCAGAGCAGCUUCCAAAAUAAUUGACGUGGUAAGCUCAGGGUCUGAGGAAGAGGAUGCGUCAUCUCCGUAUGAGGACAUUCAAGCUAAACUAAAGAGGAUUCUAGGCAUUGAAAAAGUGUUCAAGGUCACAAAUAAAACACGACACCAGAAGAGACCUUCUAAGAAAGAAAACACUAUGUUAACAGAACUCAGGACAGACCCCAGUGGAAAAACUCCCUCUGUCUCCUCUUCUUCCUCCUCUACAGUCUCCUCUUCUUCCUCAUCAUCUGCUUCCUCUCCUGAUCAUAAAAAGCCUGUGAAUAAAGAUGAGAAUGGUGAAAUAAAGCAAGCUAGAAACAAAGAUACAAGCAGCAAGAGCAGCAGCAGCAGGAGCAGGAGCAGCAGCAGCAGCAGCAGCAGCAGCAGCAGCAUGUAUUCCAAAAUAUGGGGAGAUCAUGAGAUUUAUCAGUAUCAUUUUAGAUCAGCACACAGGCAAGAGUUCCCAAAAGAGAAAGUUCCAGCUCACCAACUGAGCAGCAUGUACUCAUCCACGAGAUCCAGUUAUGCCACAUCCCGAGCCACUUCCCGGCCUAAGUUUUUGGGAGAUGUUAAAACACCAGUAUUAGCUGUUUUUCUUCAUGGCAUUCGGAGCAAUAAGAAGAUAGGAGGCCUCCAGCUCGUGGUAUAUGCUGAUAUCUACUCCAUCAGGCCCCGGAUGCAGGUAUUUGUGUCAAACCUCACAGAUUCAAGCAAGUGGAAGCUCUGUGCUGAUGCUUCAGUCCUCAAUGCUCACAAGGCAGCGGCUUAUCUGAAAUGGGGCCGGAACUGCCAGGACUACAAAAUUUCUACCGAGCUGGUAACUGGGCGGUUCGCUGCUCAUCCUGCUGUACAAAUGAAAUUGGAGUGGCCUAAAGUGCCUUCAAGUGUCAGAUCAAUAGCAGAAUGGUUUUACAAGUUUGUCCCUGGGGCUGCAUUUAUGCUGGGUUUCUCUGAGAGAAUGGACAGGAAUCCUUCUCGGCAAGCCAGGGUGAUCGCAGCUCUAACUUCUCCAAGGACUUGCGAUGUUGUUAUCAAGCUUCCUGAUAUGAUCCUCUAUGAAAAAGCCAUGAGGCUUCCCCUGUCCCUCCCUGUAGGUCCAAGGAUAUCAGCUUCACAGCUGCAGCCUCCCAUCUGGAAUGUCUUUGCUGAAGGCCCCUCUGCAGUACUCGAGAAUUUGAAAGCUCGCUGCUCAGUUUCCCGCAACAAGAUCACAACCUUUAAUGAAGUUCAGUUUAACUACACAAUGCCUGAAAACUGCUACCACAUCUUGGCCCAGGAUUGUAGCGCUGACCUUAAGUUCCUGGUGAUGAUGAAGAGUGCUGAAGAAGCUAUAAACCUUAAAGCAAUCAACAUCAAGCUCGGCAGUCACGAAAUUGACAUGCAUCCUGCCGACGGGCUUGUGAAACUAGUGGUGGACGGGGUGGAGAGCCCCACGACAAAUGUUUCGUACGCAUCUACUGCAGGUGCUUCUCUGGCAAUCCACAGUGAAAAACAAGGGCUUGUACUUGUUGCCCCAGCCUAUGGCAUUGAAAAAUUGUACUUCGAUGGACACACAUUCCAGAUUCAAGUUGCUUUAUGGAUGGCAGGGAAAACAUGUGGAAUAUGUGGAAAAUAUGAUGCAGAAUGUGAACAGGAAUAUCGGAUGCCCAACGGUUAUCUAGCUAAAGAUGCAGUGAGCUUUGCUCAUUCGUGGAUUUUGGAAGAAAAGCCUUGUACAGGAGCUUGUAAACUGCAGCGUUCAUUUGUGAAGCUGGAGAAAACAGUUCAGCUGGCAGGGGUAGAGUCAAAAUGCUAUUCUACUGAGCCUGUGCUACGUUGUAUGAAAGGCUGUUCAGCCACCAAAACUACUCCAGUUACUGUUGGUUUCCACUGUCUCCCAGCUGACUCAGCUACCAGCGUGUCUGACAAACAGAUGAAGUUUGACCAGAAGUCAGAGGAUAUGCAGGACACAGUUGAUGCGCACAUAGCUUGUUCUUGUGAGAAUGAAGAUUGCAGUACAUGAAGCUGUACCUUGCAGCACGGGAGAAAACAGAAACAUUUUACUGUUUUUAUUGUGUGGUAUAAGAAGAUUCCUCUUCAGCAAUGAUAGAUACACUAAAUUAGGUGCCUAAAGUCCUGUUAAGUCUUCCUAAGUAAUUUAAAAUAUUAAACCUUAUUAUUGUAGAAACAGUUCUGCCCAUAAGUAUCUGAUUUCGUAAUAAAU